CUCUCAAUCAUACACUCACUCACUUUCUCACUCACUCACUCACUCACUGACUGACUGUGCGCGCGCACCGGCUGCACUGGAUUUAUUCUUCUGAUCCGAUUUCACAUUCAGUUUUAUGUUUUAACAGCAGCUGAGAGGAUGCGGGUUCAUGUGCUGUUGAUCCUGAUACUGACAUCAACACUCAACACACAUGCUCAAGUGUCGACUCCCAGAAGACUACGUUUUAAAGAGUUGAGUCCCAGCACGCUCAGUGUAACCUGGAAGGAGCCGAAAGGACAGUUUGACGGCUACAGGCUGGUGUACAGCACUGAUUCAGGAGGAGCUGAGCACGAGCUGUUAGUGAGUAAAACUGAACCUAAAGCCGUCAUUGAAGGGUUUGACCCCAGUAAAGAGUACACAGUGAAGAUCACAGCCGUCAGAGGUUCUGACCAGAGUAAAGCACUGCAGGGCCGCUACUCAGGAUCAGUGUCGGAGUUGAGUGAUGUCAUCGGACGGCCAAAUCAACAGGACACCAGCAUCAUUGAGCAGGGCAAUGGGAUCUCUGAAGUGGACGUCUUCACAUGUAAGACUCCAGCCAUUGCGGAUAUCGUGAUUCUGGUGGACGGAUCAUGGAGUAUCGGCCGAAUUAAUUUCCGUUUGGUGCGGAUGUUUCUGGAAAGUCUCGUGAAAGCUUUCUCCGUUGGAUCUGACCAUACACGCAUCGGUUUGGCUCAGUACAGCGGGGAUCCCAGGAUUGAGUGGCAUUUAAACACUCACAGCACUAAAGAGGCCGUGAUCGACGCUGUCAAGAAUCUGCCUUAUAAAGGAGGAAACACACUCACAGGUCUUGCUUUGACGUAUAUUUUGGAGAACAGCUAUAAACCUGAAUCUGGAUCCAGACCUGAUGUUCCUAAAGUUGGAAUUCUGAUCACGGAUGGGAAGUCCCAGGAUGAUGUUCGUGAUCCAGCUCAGAGAUUGAGAGACGCUGGAAUUGAACUGUUUGCUAUCGGUGUGAAGAACGCUGAUGAGAACGAGCUGAGAGCCAUCGCAUCUCCACCAAUGGAAACUCACGUUUAUAAUGUGGCUGAUUUCAGCGUGAUGAGUUCAAUCGUGGAAGGACUCACCAGAACCGUCUGUGAUCGAGUGACUGAACUCAGCAAAGAGAUCAGCGGUGAGGUAGUUUCAUAUACCCAACCAAAUGCUCCCAGUGACCUUGUGACCUCUGAGGUCACGGCCAGGAGCUUCCGUGUAUCAUGGACUCACGCUGCAGGACAGGUGGAGAAGUACAGAGUGGUGUAUUAUACACCCACAGGAUCCAAACCUGAGGAGGUUGUGGUGAAAGGUGGCGAGAACUCGGUGGUGUUGAGUAAUCUGAACUCUUUGACGGAGUAUCAGAUCGCUGUGUUUGCCAUCUACAGUAACUCUGCCAGUGAAGCUCUGAGAGGCAGCAAGACCACAUUGGCGUUGCCGAUGGUGAAUAAUCUGGAGCUGUAUGACAUCACUCACAGUAGCAUGCGUGUGCGCUGGCGAGAGGCAGAAGGGGCUUCUGGGUACAUGAUCCUGUAUGCCCCUCUGAUGGAGGGAGACACCGCGGACGAGAAGGAGGUGAAGGUCGCUGACUCUGUGACUCAAAUAGAAAUGGAAGGUUUGAUUCCUGCCACUGAAUACAUUGUCACUGUUUACGCCAUGUAUGGAGAAGAGGCCAGUGACCCCAUGACUGGACAACAGACCACACUUCCUCUGUCUCCUGCUCGUAACCUGCGGAUCUCGGACGUCAGUCACAGCUCGGCGAAACUCUCGUGGGAUUCAGCGUCUCGUAAGGUCAAAGGUUACCGUAUUGUUUAUGUGAAGACUGAUGCUGUCGAGACCAAUCAGGUUGAAUUAGGAGCGGUCACCACACUGUUGCUACACAACCUGACGUCUCUAACAGAGUACACCGUCGCAAUCUUUGCCAUUUAUGACGAGGGACAAGCAGAACCGCUGACAGACAGCUUCACUACCAGUGUGGUUCCUCUGCCGUUGAAUCUGAGGAGCACUGAUGUGUCCACUGAUAGUUUCAGAGUGAUCUGGCAACACGCCACAUCUGAUGUCUCAUUCUACAGACUCAUAUGGAGACCUGCAGCUGGAGGAGAGACCAAAGAGGUUCUCAUCAAUGAUAACUCAAACUCGUAUGUGAUUACGGGUUUGAAGCCUUUGACUGAAUAUGAAGUUUCUCUGUCUGGGAUCUACAGAGAUGAAUCGGAGAGUGAUCCAGUGGAGAUCAGUGAAACUACAGUUGACAGAACAACAACAGUUGCCACAACGACCACCAGCACGACUACAGCCGUGUUGCAUCUAGCGGUCAGGAAUCUGCAGUUGAGUGAUAUGACGACCUUCAGUAUGCAUGUAUCGUGGGAUUCUUUAGGUGCAAACGUGCGUCAGUACAGAGUGUCUUACAUCAGCACACGAGGAGACCGAGCAGAGCAGGUGUCAAUGGUUCCUGCAGGUCAGACUUCAUUAUUGCUGCAGCCUCUUCUGUCAGACACAGAGUAUCGUGUCAGUGUCUCAGCGGUCUACAGUGAUGGACAGAGCCCUGUUAUCACACGCGUCGCACGCACACUGCCUCUGUCUGCUCCCAGCAACCUCCGUGUGUCAGAGGAGUGGUACAAUCGCUUUCGCAUCACCUGGGACACACCCCCCUCUCCCACCAUGGGUUACAGAAUCGUUUACCAGCCCAUCUCAGUGCCGGGUCGCGCCCUGGAGACGUUUGUUGGUGAUGAUGUGAAUACGAUGUUGAUCGUGAAUCUGCUGAGUGGAACAGAGUAUAGUGUUAAACUCAUCGCAACGUACACGACGGGAUCCAGCGAAGCCCUGACUGGACGCGCCAAAACACUUUAUCUCGGAGUGAAUAAUCUGAGCACGUAUCAGGUGCGGAUGACCAGCAUGUGUGCGCAGUGGCAGCCACAUCGCCAUGCCAACCAGUACCGCGUCAUCAUUGAGUCACAGCUCAGUGGUGAGAAACAGGAAGUGAGGUUGGGUGGCUCCGCCUCCAGGCACUGUUUUAAUGACCUUACGCCGAACAUGCAGUACAUGAUCAGCGUUCAUGCGCAGCUGCAGGACACAGAGGGUCCCGCGGUCACCACCACACAGAGAACAUUUCCUGUGCCCACAGUGCCCCCCACCAGACCCAGCACCACCUCCCCCCCACCCACUCUACCCGCUGCUAAAGAAGUGUGUCGAGCUGCUAAAGCGGAUCUGGUGUUUCUGGUGGAUGGAUCGUGGAGUAUUGGAGAUGUUAACUUUCAGAAGAUCAUCCGUUUCCUGUACAGCACAGCAGGAGCUCUAGACCGGAUCGGUCCAGACGGAACACAAGUGGCUAUAGCUCAGUUCAGUGACGACGCUCGGACUGAGUUUAAAUUGAGCUCGUAUGAUAAUAAAGAAAAUCUGCUGGAUGCCAUUCUGAGAAUCUCAUAUAAAGGAGGAAACACUAAGACAGGCAGAGCGAUGAAGCAUGUGAAAGACUCCGUGUUCACUGCAGCGGGCGGAGCCAGACGGGGCGUGCCGAAAGUCCUGGUGGUCCUGACGGACGGCCGCUCCCAAGACGAUGUCCACCUGGUCUCUCAGGAGAUACAGGCAGAAGGUUAUAUUGUGUUUGCGAUCGGUUUUGCCGACGCUGAUUACGGCGAGCUGGUGAGUAUCGCCAGUAAACCUAGCGAGAGACACGUGUUCUUCGUCGACGAUCUCGACGCUUUCAAGAAAAUCGAAGAGAAACUGGUGGCUUUUGUUUGUGAGGCUGCAUCAGCAACAUGCCCAUCAGUACCCAUGAGUGGCAGCACUUUACCAGGGUUCAGGAUGAUGGAGAUGUUUGGGUUGGUGGAGCAUCUGUACAGCAGUGUGAACGGUGUUUCUAUGGAGCCUGGAACCUUCAACAGUUUCAGCAGCUACAGACUCGCCAGUGAUGCUCUCAUAACACAACCGACCAGGUUUCUCCACCCAGAGGGUCUGCCGUCUGACUACACCAUCACAAUGCUCUUCCGCCUGCUGCCAGAAACCCCAGAGGAACCCUUUGCAUUGUGGGAAAUCCUCAACAUCAACAAUGAGCCGUUAGUGGGCGUCAUACUGGACAAUGCAGGAAAGACUCUGACCUUCUUCAACACUGACUAUAAGGGUGAUUUCCAGACGGUGACAUUUGAAGGGGCUGAAAUCCAGAAACUCUUCUAUGGCAGUUUUCACAAGCUGCAUAUCGCUGUGAGUAAGACGUCGGCUCUAGUGAUGGUUGACUGUAAAUCAGCGGGAGAGAAGUCCAUUAAUGCGGCCAAAAACAUCAGCACUGAUGGUGUGGAGGUGCUGGGAAGAAUGGUGCGGUCCAGAGGCUCCAAGGACAACUCUGCACCGUUUCAGCUGCAGUCCUUUGAUAUCGUGUGCAGCACUUCAUGGGCUCAACGUGACAAAUGCUGUGAGCUGCCCAGCCUGAGGAAGGAGGCAGAUUGUCCCGCUCUUCCUCGCGCAUGCACCUGCACUCAGGAUAGCAAAGGCCCCCCCGGCCCGCCAGGACUACCUGGAGGUCCUGGUAUGAGAGGAUCCAGAGGAGAUCGUGGUGAACCCGGUCCAGUGGGCCCUAUUGGUGCAGUAGGGGACGCUGGAGUUCCUGGUCCUCAGGGUCCCCCCGGCCCCCCGGGGCCCAGCGGACGCUCCAUUAGAGGCCCUCCAGGGGCGCCAGGUGAGACGGGGCAGAAAGGUGAUGCGGGACCCCCAGGGCUACAGGGUGUUCCGGGCACUCCCGGGUCAGCAGGACGUGAGGGGCCUCCAGGACCCAGGGGUCUGCCUGGUAAAGAUGGUCCUCAGGGGAGAGUAGGGCCGCCCGGAUCUAUAGGAGGCCCAGGAGCCCCUGGGGCCCCAGGAGAGAACGGCCCUAAAGGAACUACAGGAGACCAGGGCCCUCCGGGACCCCCGGGACAUAAAGGAGAGAGGGGUGAGAGGGGUGAAGUCCAGUCCACCACUUCUGUUCAAGCUAUCGCCAGACAAGUGUGUGAGCAGCUCAUACAGAGUCACAUGGCACGUUACAACUCUAUUCUGAACCACAUUCCCAGUCCGCCGGUGUCGAUCCGCACUGUGUCUGGACCUCCAGGAGAACCGGGCCGGCAAGGGUCACCAGGACCUCAGGGAGAGCAGGGGCCACCCGGGCGACCGGGAUUUCCCGGCAGUAACGGCGAGAACGGCCAGCCUGGAUCCAGAGGUCCUCCAGGUGAGAAGGGAGAUAAAGGCAGUCCAGGUGUGGGUGUCCAGGGACCCAGAGGACCCAUUGGACCUCCAGGACCUCCUGGUGAAGGGAGAACAGGAAGUCCAGGUCCCUCAGGUCGCCCCGGUAACUCUGGCAGUCCCGGCAGACCCGGAAUUCCAGGACCAGUGGGUCCACCUGGACCGCCCGGAUAUUGCGACCAGAACGCAUGCCUCGGGUACAACGUUGGAGAACCGGGCUUUGAUGGUGACCUGACUGACAGCGAUGUUCCUGUAGUGCCGCUGCCACCCAGCUCGUUUGGACCAGAGGGUGAGGAGGACGAUCCAUACGGCAGCUACGGCUCCUACAACUCAUACUAUCAGCCCAACUACCCCGCGCCGCAGCCCGUACAGCCCGAUGACCCUGUCAUAGCGCACGACGUGGAGGAGCUGCGCUCGCCCGGGAUACAGCGACUGACACGCAGCGUCACAGACAAACGCAGACGACAGACAAACACAGCUCACCUGUCGUAACCAUGACAACAACUGACACAAGAGCAACAUCACAUUGUAACAGGUUUCAUCUUCCAUGGAUCAGAUGCUCAUCUCUGAUCAAUCACUGAUUUUGUGAUGUGUGUUUAUGUACAAGCUCUUUCAUGUAAUACUCACUGAUGUUCAAAUAUUUUUGAUAUGCUACUAUGUAAAAAUAAUAAUAAUACAUCCAGUGUUUCAUGUCAUUAUAUUUUCUGCUGGUGUCUGGAGCAGGUAUAGAGAUAUAGAUAUCUUUAUCUAUAGAAUUAUUUAUUUUGUUUCACAAGGUUUUUAGUUGUUUUUUCUUCUUUAUUUUCAGCAUGUUUUAAAAUGUAUUUUUUAUAUAUAUUUUCAAAUCUUAACUUGAUGUUUGAUAAACAGUUUACAGUCAUUUGUCCCACAUUGUCAAAUGACAUUUAAAGUGUUUCUGAAUGUUUAAGGGUGUAUUGUAUUGAUAUAUAUUUUAUGCAGUAUUUGUGUUUGUGUCAGAGAGAUGUUUCUCUGUGUGUUCACAUCACAAAUCAACUCCAUUUAAAACAAGACAAAAGAUGUAUUUAUUUUAUUGUUGCCAAUUUUAAAAGAGCAAUAAAAUUGUCUAAUCCCAAAGUACUAUACAA